UAAGUUUCUCUACUUAUUUAUUAUACUUUUCAGUUUCAUACAAAAACAAAUCAUUAGAUUUCUGAUAGAGAUAUGGAUGACGAGGUGGGCCUUAACUAUGGACCUAGACCGAAAGCAGGGCUAUUUUUCAAAGAAUGAAGAACUACACGAUUUACGCAGUUUCAAUAACAAUCCGAGUCGUGCUUGGCUUUAUGCUCCUUGCUCUAAUUUGGAAAUUCGAUUUCUCUCCUUUUAUGGUUUUGAUCAUUGCCAUUCUUAACGACGGCACAAUCAUGACCAUUUCAAAGGAUAGAGUGAAGCCAUCUCCUAUGCCAGAUUCAUGGAAGUUGAGGGAGAUUUUCGCCACAGGCGUCGUGCUUGGCACCUACCUUGCUGUUAUGACUGUUGUCUUCUUUUGGCUUGCUCAUGCUUCUGAUUUCUUCACUGAAAAAUUUGGAUUAAAAUCUAUCCGAAACAACCACGAGGAGCUCACAGCUGCGGUUUACCUUCAAGUUAGUAUCGUAAGUCAGGCUCUCAUCUUUGUUACACGAUCAAGGAGUUGGUCUUUCGUCGAACGUCCCGGAUUAUUACUUAUUGCUGCCUUUCUCAUCGCACAACUGAUUGCCACAUUGAUAGCUGUGUAUGCAAAUUGGGAGUUUGCACAUAUGAAAGGAAUCGGAUGGGGUUGGGCAGCAGUGAUUUGGCUCUACAGCAUUGUUUUCUACAUCCCUUUGGAUAUCCUUAAGUUCUUCAUUCGAUAUGCCUUGAGCGGCAAGGCAUGGAAUAACAUUACUGAAAAUAGGACUGCUUUCACCUCGAAGAAAGAUUAUGGAAGGGGUGCGAGAGAAGCACAAUGGGCCGCGGUUCAACGCACGCUACACGGAUUGAAUCCACCAGACUCAGAUCAUGUGUUGAAUGAAAGUAACAACUAUAGAGACUUAUCUGAACUUGCGGACCAAGCCAAGAAACGCGCUGAAAUCGCGAGGCUAAGGGAGCUACACACACUGAAGGGACAUGUUGAAUCGGUUGUGAAACUGAAAGGACUUGACAUUGAGACAAUUCAACAGCACUACACUGUUUGAGUCAUGGAAAAUAAGAUGGA